UCAACUACUAAGGAGGGCGAAUCUUCUACAGUAAAAAAACUUAUCAAAGAAUUAAAAGAUGAUAGUGUUAAUAAAGAUUUAAUAUUUGCUUCUCAGUUAUCUGAAGAUAGUUAUACUUAUCUUUACAAAGAAAUUGUUAAAGCCGAAGCUGAUAAUGAUAUUGCAAGUCAAAAAGUUUUAAAUUGUUACUUUGAAUUUGGUAGAAAGUUAUCUGAUUGCUUAAAUUAUUAUAAAAACGAAAAAAAUAUCGAGAUCAAACAAACAGAAAGAGCCCGAAAAAUAUAUGAGCUUUUCAUUAAAAUUGGUGUUGAUAAAAUGCAACAGAAUACUCUCGAUGAUAUAUGGAAUAAGCAAUUUAUACAAGCAGGAAAAGAGCUAUUAGACUUAACGUUAAGGGAAGCUUUUGAAAGUAAGGUGAACCUGGAGCAUGCCAAAUCCAAUCUGUACUCCUUUUGGCAAGAAGUGAUUACUGAGCGACUACAGCUCCAAGUUCAAAUCACUUAUGAGAAGGAAACACUUCUUACAUUUGAUGAAUCAGAUAAAUUCUUUGGAAGGCAACUGCGCUUACCAUACAAUAAGGAGGCAACCUCUUCAGAUGAUAAACGUGCUUUUAAUAGCACUUUAGAUUCAGAUUUAAUUUUCCCUGUGGGGGCAAAGAAGAUCAAAUCCUGUAAAGGAGAUGUGAAUGUCAAGAAAGCUAACGGCGACAGCGCUAUAAAAAUAACUUCAACUGCUCUCUGUCAUUCUUUUUUAAUCGACUCGGACGAUAAGAACUAUAUACAGCAAGGCAUUUUCACACGUGAGGAAUUAGAAGAAAUUAAAAAUUUUAGCAAGAAAGAAUUACUAUUAGUACCGGAUGAUCUUUUGAAGUAUCUUAAUAGUUUCCGAAAGUCGUUUAUUGAUAAAGCCUUCUUAGAUAUAGAGGGUAUGGAAAUUGUUAGAGGUGAAUUAUGUAGCUAUGCAUUAUCAAAUAAAAAAAAUUUACAACGGGUGGUUGCAUCAACAGAUUUAAUAAAAAGAAAAGCAAUAGGUCAGCGCGGAGAUUUAAUAAUCCAGAAAUGGCAUACUGAAUAUGGGUGUAGCAAAGCUGGAAAAAUAUUUGAAAGAAUCAAUGAUACAAAGAUUAUUAAAGAAGGUGGUUUGAAAAUGCCUAAAAUGCUUAGAGAUAUGUUUAUUGAUCUUUGCAAAACCAUGGAAAUGUGGAAGAAUAAAAUUAGAAGGCUGGAAACAGUCGGGCUUGAGGAUAUCACUGUUGCGAUUGGAUUUACUAGCGAGGCAUGUCUGUAG